AUGCCAACCCAAUUCCCUAAUCAUUUCCAAACGGAUGCUUUACAAGCAAAUACCGCAUUCUCUCAAACACCGCUACCAAACCAUGGGACAAACGAUUUAAGCAAAGCAAAUAUUAAUAAGCAAAACAUAUCUCAAGAGUAUAUCAGUAAGGGAAUAAUGAUAAACAUUUUACCGGUAAAUGAAACAGGAAUUUCAUCGAUAAUUUAUGUUUCUGUCAUCAAACGGUUUAAUUGCCCGUCACCAAGUGGCAGCGAAAACCUUCAAGGUAAGCAGCCACAACUGCAAAUGCGACUGGCAUACAACGCAUACCAAAAGACACAACAAAUCAUGUACUCAAGACUGAAUCCAAGUUUUAUCCCAUGCUGGAUUCAUGCUCAAGUUCACAUCCGAAGGAAAUAA